GAGAGCGAGGCAGAGAAGGGCGAGGGCGCGGGCGGAGCCGAGGACGAGGAGGCGUCCACCGCCGCCGGGGCCGAGGAGGCCGCCGAGGCCCGCGAGGGCAGCGCAGGAGAGGGCUGCAGCGAGGGCCGCGACCGCCUCUCGGAGGAGGGGCAGGGCGAGCAGAGGGCGGAGGAGCUGCCGCAGGAGGCGCCCGCCACCGCCGGGGCCGAGAAGGCUCCGACGAGCACGCCGGGGGCCAGCAGCGAGGGCAGCUGCGCGGAGCAGGAGGAGGAGCAGGGCGAGCAGAGGGCGGAGGAGCUGCCGCAGGAGGCGCCCGCCACCGCCGGGGCCGAGAAAGCUCCGACGAGCACGCCGGGGGCCAGCAGCGAGGGCAGCUGCGCGGAGCAGGUCUCGGGCGGCGUCCUGGGCGCGUUCUUCAGGCCCAAGGGCAAGAGGAGGCCCGGCCAGCCGAAGCCGCGCGGGGCCUCCGAGCCGGAGGCCGGCGGCCCGGAGGAGCCGGCGGAGGCCGCGGCCCCCGCGGCCCCCUCGGGCGCCGGCUUCGCCGCCACCCGCGACGGGCUGCUCCGCUGGCGUGCCGCCGCGGCUGCGGAGGGGGCGCCCCCAGCGGAGCUGGCCGGGCAAAUCAGGAUCAACUGGUGCUGGCUGAGCAGGGCUUCCAAUGAGGCCGAUAGCACGCCUUGUUCCCAGGAGCAGGCGCCCGCGGCGGGCGAGGCUGCCCUGGAGGCCGCGGCGUCGAGCGGCGCGGCCCUCUUGGCCAGGCUCGAGGAGGGCGCCUUCGGGGCGGCCCCGUCCCCUCACGCCUCCGCGCCCUCGGCGCCGCCCGCGAGGGCCCCUGGCGCCGUCUCCGACGCGGCCCGCCCGCGGCGCGAGCGGCAGGCGGAGGAGCACGCGGCCGGCAGCGCCUCCGAGCCCAGGAGCCGCCGGCGCAGCAGGAGGCAGGCGGCGGAGCCGCGGGAGCUGCGGCGCACCAUGGUCAGGCCCGGGCCGGCCACGGUCCUGGAGCCCAGGAACCCGUCGUGGUCCUCGGCCCCCGCCACCGCGGGCGCUGGCGACGCCGGCGGGCCGCCGUCGGGCGCACCAGGGGCGGGCGCCGCGGCGGCGGCGGCCGCGGCCGCGGAGGCCACGGUGGCGCGGUCGGGCGCCGCCCAGGGCGCGGUCGCGUCGGCGAAGCAGCCGGCCGCGAUCACCAGCGUGUGCUUGGUCUGCCUCCGCGGCUGCACGUCCGAGGCCAGGCUCAGGGGGCACGAGGAGCUUUCGGAGCUCCACCGGCGGAGCGUGGCGAGGCUGCGCGAGGGCAGCGUGGCGCGGCCGGAGGUGGUCUCUGGCACGCGCGGGCCGCCACUGCGGCGCGGGCCCCCGGUGAGGGACGCAAUCCUCGGCGAGAAGGACAACAACGGGUGCACCGCCGCCCACUGGGCCGCCUACAAGGGCGACCUGCGUGGCCUGCAGCUCCUGGACUACUUCGGGGCAGACCUCCAGGCUACGGACAAGAUGGAGAUGACGCCGCUGCACCGUGCAACCUGUGCGUCGCAGUCCUCCGUGGUCGAGUUCCUCGUCGAGAAGCGGUGCGAUAUCGGCCAGCGCAACGGGGAGCAGAAGUCCUGCAUGGACAUCGCGGCGGACAAGCAGGACGUGGUCCUGCAGGCGGUGUUCAAGAGGCUGAUGAAAAAACCAUCUGCCUCAACAGGCAAGGCCGCCGCGGAUGUGGAGCAGGGCGGGGGCGCCAACACUGAGGGAGAGACGCAGAAGACGGGACUCAUCCAGACGAUCAUGAAGGACAAGGCAGCCCACAAGAUGUUCCCCGUCUUCUGGCUGGUGUGCGUGUCCAUGGCCACGUUCGAGUACCUCAUGGACUUGAGGCUGACGAGCUACGAGGUGGCGCCGACCGCCUCGCUGCUCUUUGAGCUGGGCGCCCCGCUCUCGCUGGCCAUCUUCGCGGUGGUGGCCCUGAAGGACCCCGGAAGAAUCAUGGCCAGGGCCAAAGGCCAUUCGGGAGUAGAAGAGCUCAUGAAGGCACUGGACAGCAAUUCGGAGACUGUCCCCGACCUGUCGCGCCUCUGCACGACCACCUGGGUUAUGAAGGACUUGCGGACAAAGUACUGCACACAGACUGGUGCUUGCGUGAAGGAAUUCGACCACUACUGCGUGUGGCUCAACACGGCCAUCGGCAGAGGCAACCACCGAGAGUUUGUAGGUCUUGCCGUAGUGGAGUUCUGCACGCAGAUUUGCUUCAUCUACCUCUCCUGGUGCAUGGCGCUGUCGCUGGUGCCGUACACGAGCAUCGGCUCAUGGUUGAUCGGCGUCAUCGGCGGCUACCCGCUGCUCGCGCUGAUAAUCGUGAUCCAGUGCCUCACUGCGCCCUGGGUUUUGAUGCUCCUGCUCCACCAAGUCCGCCUGGUCGCCAUGAAUCUCACCACGAACGAGAUGAUGAACAUGCAUCGGUACGGCCACUUCUGGACCGUCCAGGAGCUGGCCCCCGGACGACGAACGAAGAUGUUCCGCAACCCCUUCGACAAGGGCAGCACACUCAAGAAUUGCAUGGACUUCUGGUGGCUGCGACGGCGGUCCGACCAGGCCCCGGCCUCCGCGCAGGGCGCCUGCGGGGGCUGCGCCCACGGCUGCCACAGCCACCACUGA